AUGGCCGAGCACCCGGCGCAGGUGGCCCUCUACGCGCUGAUCGUGGCGAUGGGCAUCGUGGGGAACGUCGUCGUCCUCCUCCUCCUGCUGCUCGGCUCUCCCACCGAGGCGCCCGCGUCUGGGCGAGGCGCCGCACGGAACGUCGACAGCCGCCACCGUCGUCGCCGUGGCUGUGAUUGCGGUGGUUGUGGUGGUGGUGGUUGUCUCCACCUCGUCUGCGGGUGUCCCGCGCUGCUGCGGUCUCGCGUCGCCCGCCUCCCUCCCUGGGGGCUGCUCAUCGGGAAUCUGAUGGCGAGCAACGCGCUCCUGGGGGUGACGCGCAACACGCUGCUGCUCGCCGCAGACGCCGGGUUCGAUCCCCAGCUGGGGCCGGGCGCCUGCCGAGUGCUCAUGAGCGUGUGGACGCUGGCACGCUGCGUCAACACGUGGAGCUGCCUGGCGCCCUGCGCCUACAGGAUGUUCAAGAUGAUUCGCCUCGGGCGCCGCGUCUCCCAGGGCCCACGCCUCAACUCCAUGGGCGUCCGCGGCGCCGGCGGCGACCCGGAGCGCUGCGCCGUCAAAGCCUCCCUGGCUCUCGUCUGGGGCCUCAACGCGGCCUACGCGGUGCCGGGCCUCUUCUUCACCACGGCCAAGAGGCUGAGCACGGCGCAGGGUGGCAACCUCAUGCUCAUCAGCAGCACCACGCGGCCGCUCCUCGGCUGCGUCUGGGACUUCGGGCCGGGCGGCCAAGGGGCCGGCUUCGUGUUCGUCAUGGCCUCCCUGGUGGUCCACGAGGUGGUGCCCAUCGUGCUCAUGGUGGUCACCAACGCCGCCAGCCUCAUGGCGCUCAGGCGCUUCGCGGGGCAGCAGCAGGGGCAGCAGCCCGGAGGCGGGGCCGCCGUGGGCCCUCUGGCUCGAGGUGCGGCGGGGUUGGCUCCGGGGCAGGGGCAGCGCCCAGACUCGAGGGCGACGGCCCCGUGGGGCCGCGAGACGCCCGAGGAGGAUGGUUCGUGCCGAGUCUACGACGGAGUCCACGACGGCGUCCACGACGGCGUCCACGACGGCGUCUACGACGGAGUCUACGACGGAGUCUACGAUGGCUCGGACUCUGGGGCUGCCCAUGACCCCGCGGGGGGCGUCCGCGAGCCGGGCUCGGAAGUCAUCGGCGAGCCGCCGGCUUCAGAUGUUGGUGGCAGUACCGGAGGCCCCCGGGCCCUCGCCACGGACCGCCCCACGGGGCCAUCGCCCUGCGGCCAGCCGGGGCCUGCCGAGGCGGCACGAGGCCACGCGGCCAGCGGGACCCACGGCGGCGACGAUGACCCCGCGGGGGCUUCCACCGCCGGCGCCGCCGGGCGGGUGCCGCACGCCGGCAGCGUCGUCACCAGCGGCGUCGUCAGCGGUGGCUUCACCAGCGGCGUCGUGGUCUCGGCCACCCCCGGGCUGGCUGCGGAGGUUCGCGCCACGAGGCUGGUGCUGGCGCUCGUCGGCUCCUUCGUGGCCUCGUGGGGCUCGCACAUCCUCGCCGUGAACUUCUACAACUUCGGCGGGCAGCGCGAGGGGCCCCUCGCGGGCGCGCUGCUGGCCGUGGCGCGCUUCUCCGCCUCCACGUUCCUCGCCGUGUGCCCCCUCAUCCUGGCGCUGGGACACGCGCCCCUGCGGAGGCGUCUCAGCUGCUGCGGCGUCGCCUCGCCGAGACGGCGCCGCGCGGGGGCCGGUGGCGUGCGGGUCGUCGUGUAG